GGUCUUCGUUGCUCAGUGCGAGUCGUCUGCCUUGUGGCCAGAAAGCAGUCACACAAUACUGCCGAACCUUGCUAGCUAGCACUCUUACCAACACCAGGCUGGAGCUAACAGUGUCAAGCAGCGCAAAAUUGUACACGGGAAAACGGCCCCAUUGACCUGGUGAAGCUUUGAGGCCUUCAGACGCACCCGGAGGCUGGUGGGAAAGAUUUGCUGUCGGGACACUGCCUCUGCAUGGAAAGACCUCUCGGGUUCGAGUAAAUCUGAGACAGAGCGGCGGGGCACGCCGCGCGGAGCCAGGCGACAUGUUCCACCUGAUCAAGAAGGACAAGGACAAGGAUGGGGCGAGGAAGGAGAAGAAGGACAAGAAGGACAAGAAGGAGAGGAUGUCUCAGGCGGAGCUGAAGAGCCUGGAGGAGAUGAGCAUGAGGAGGGGCUUCUUCCAGCUCCACCGCGGCAGCUCCAAGCGGGACCAGAAGGGCAAGCUGGAGAUCUCCAGCCCCAUCCCCAUCAAGGUGGCCAGCAGCACCGAGCUCAGCCUCACCGACAUCGACUCGGACGGGCAGAGCAACCGCGGCAGCGUGGCGCUGGACGCGGGCCAGCUGAGCACGGCCAGCUCCUGCGACGACCUGAAGGGGGACGGGCCCCAGGACGGCGCCCGCUCCUCCGUCCGGGAGCGCGCCGCCAAGUUCGGCUCCCUGACCAAGCAGAGCUCGCAGGUGGGCCAGAUCAUGAAGCGCUUCUCCUUCACCCAGAGGAGCAAGGAGGAGACCCCGUCCGAGGCCUCCACCCCCUCGGGGCAGAAUUCGGCCGCCCCCUCCCCGCAGGCGGAGGCCAAGGCCUUCGCCUCGCACAGGAAGCCGAGUCUCCAGCAGCCGCCGCAGCAGGCGCCGCCGCCUCCGCCGCAGCCGCCCCAGGCCCCGCGGGGCCCCGCCCCGGCGCAGAGGGUGCGGGUCCCGGAGGUGGUGGACAGGACGUUCGCGGCGGACCUGCGCCUGCCGGCCGUGGUGGCCCCGCAGAUGCCCGACUCGCGGGAGCUGGAGCUGCAGCGGCGCAACACGGGCGACUUCGGCUUCUCGCUGCGCCGCACCACCAUGCUGGACCGGGCCGCCGACGGCGCCGUCUACCGCCGCGUGGUGCACUUCGCCGAGCCCGGCGCCGGCGCCGGCACCAAGGACCUGGCGCUGGGCCUGGUGCCGGGCGACCGGCUGGUGGAGAUCAACGGGCGCAACGUGGAGAGCAAGAGCCGCGACGAGAUCGUGGAGACCAUCCGGCAGUCCGGCGACACCGUGCGCCUCAAGGUGCAGCCCAUCCUGGAGCUGAGCGAGCUGAGCCGCUGCUGGCUGCGCAACGGAGAGGGCCUGCGCAGGGAGGCCUCCGACGGGCAGGUGGAUGAGGACCCCGUGGCUCUUCUGCAGGCUGCCCACGCGGCUUCCGCCCAACUCAAGGUGAAGACGGAGGAGCAGAUCGCGGCCGAGCAGGCGUGGUACGGCACGGAGAAAGUGUGGCUGGUCCACAAGGAGGGCUUCUCCCUGGCAACGCUGAUAAAGACGGAGGCGGGCAGCCUGCCGGAGGGGAAGGUGAAGAUUCGGCUGGAGCACGACGGCGCGCUGCUGGACGUGGACGAGGAGGACGUGGAGAAGGCGAACCCGCCGUCGUACGACCGCGUGGAGGACCUGGCGUCCCUGCUCUACCUGAACGAGUCCAGCGCCAUCCACACCCUGCGGCAGCGCUACGGUGGCAACCUCAUCCACACGCAGGCGGGGCUCAACAUGGUCAUCAUCAACCCCCUCAGCGCGCCCUCCAUGUACUCCGAAAAGGUGAUGCACAUGUUUAAGGGCUGCCGGAGGGAGGACUCGGCCCCGCACGUCUACGGCGUGGCGCAGGCGGCGUACCGCAGCCUGCUCACCACGCGCCAGGACCAGUCCGUGGUGCUGCUGGGCCGCAGCGGCAGCGGCAAGACCUCCAACGCCCAGCACCUGGUGCAGUACCUGCUGUCCAUCGCCGGCAGCUCCGGGAAGAUCUUCUCCGUGGAGAAGUGGCAGGCCGUCUACACCAUCCUGGAGGCCUUCGGGAACAGCGCCACCCCCAUGAACGGGAACGCCAGCCGCUUCUCCCAGAUCGUCUCGCUGGACUUUGACCAGGCCGGCCAGGUGGCGUCUGCCUCCAUUCAGACGAUGCUGCUGGAGAAGCUGAGGGUGACCAGGAGGCCGGAGGGGGAGGCCACCUUCAACGUCUUCUACUACAUGAUGGCGGGAGCGGACAGCUCUCUCAGGACGGAGCUGCACUUCAACCACUUUGCGGAGAACAGCGCGUUCGGAAUCGUGCCUGCGUCUAAGCCUGAAGACAAGCAGAGGGCGUCGCAGCAGUUCACCAAGCUGCAGGCGGCCAUGAAGGUGCUGGGAAUCACGGGAGAGGAGCAGAGGGCCUUCUGGCUCAUCCUGGGGGCCAUUUACCACUUAGGGGCCGCAGGGGCCACCAAAGUUUCAGUCGUAGAUGGAUUUGAGGCGGACGAAGCCGGCCGCAAGCAGUUUGCUCGUCACGAGUGGGCGCAGAAGGCGGCCUACCUGCUGGGCUGCACUCUGGAGGAGCUCUCCUCCGCCAUCUUCAAGCACCAGCCCAAGGGGGCGCUGCACAAGUCCGCCUCCUUCCGCCAGGGGCCCGACGACUCGGGCUCCGGGGACGGCUCAGGCUCCAAGUUCACGGCCCUGGAGUGUCUGGAGGCCAUUGCGGCCAGCUUGUACUCCGAGGUCUUCACCCUGCUCAUCUCCCUCAUCAAUCGAGCUCUGAAGUCCAGCCAGCACUCGCUGUGCUCGCUGCUCAUCGUGGACACGCCCGGCUUCCAGAACCCGCGGCUGGCCAAACGCGACCGGGGCGCCACCUUCGAGGAGCUGUGCCACAACUACGCCCAGGAGCGGCUGCAGACGCUCUUCCACGAGCGCACCUUCACCCAGGAGCUGGAGCGCUACAAGGAGGAAAACAUAGAGCUUGCUUUAGAUGAUGUAGAGCCAAGCUCAUCACUGUCUGUAGCUGCUGUAGACCAAGCAUCGAGUCAAGCGCUGGUGCGGACCAUGGCUCGGACGGACGAGGCUCGGGGCCUGCUCUGGCUGAUGGAGGAGGAGGCCCUGCAGCCCGGCGGCUCGGAGGACAGCCUCCUGGAGCGGCUCUUCAGCUACUACGGCCCGGCCGAGGGGGAGAGCAAAGGCCACACCUUGCUGCUGAAGAGCGAGAGGCCGCAUCACUUCCUGCUCGGGCACAGCCACGGGACGGACUGGGUGGAGUACGACGCGCGGGGCUGGCUCGGCCACGCCAAGCAGAACCCCGCCUCCCUGAACGCAGCCAGCCUAUUGCAGGACUCGCAGAAGAAGAACAUCAGCGGCCUGUUCGCGGGGCGCACGGGCGGGGCGGCGGUGCUGUCGGGCUCCAUCGCCGGGCUGGAGGGCGUGUCCCAGCUGGCCCUCCGCCGCGCCACCAGCAUCAGGAAGACCUUCACCACCGGGGUGGCCGCCGUCAAGAAGAAGUCCCUCUGCAUCCAGAUCAAGCUGCAAGUGGACGCCCUGCUGGACACGGUGCGGAGGUCCAGGGUGCACUUCGUGCACUGCCUGCUGCCCAAGGCGGACGCGCUGAGCGGGGACGGCAGGCUGGCGGGCGGGCCGUCCCCCCGGGGCGGGGAGGGCGAGCCCUACGGGGAGAACUGCGACUCGGGGCUCAUGCAGCUGGACGUGGCCCUGCUGCGGGCGCAGCUGCGCGGCUCCAAGCUCCUGGACGCGCUGAGGAUCUACAGGCAAGGUUACCCGGAUCACAUGGUGUUCUCCGAGUUCCGCCGGCGUUUCGACGUGCUGGCGCCCCACCUGACCAAGAAGCACGGGCGGAACUACAUCGUGACGGACGAGAAGAGAGCUGUGGAGGAGCUGCUGGAGUCCUUGGACCUGGAGAAGAGUAAUUAUCACAUGGGAUUGAGCAGGGUCUUCUUCCGGGCUGGCACGUUGGCGAAGCUGGAGGAGCAGAGGGAUGAGCAGACCAGACGCAACAUCACCCUGUUCCAAGCGGCCUGCCGGGGCUACCUGGCCAGGCAGUCUUUCAAGAAGAGGAAGAUCCAGGAGCUGGCCAUCCGCUGCAUCCAGAAGAACAUACAGAAGAACCGCGGGGUGAAGGGCUGGCCCUGGUGGAAGCUCUUCACCACCGUGAGGCCGCUCAUCCAGGUGCAGCUCACCGAGGAGCAGAUCCGCGGGAAAGACGAGGAGAUCCAGCAUCUGAAGGGGAAGCUGGAGAAGGUGGAGAAGGAGAGGAACGAGCUGAGACUCAACAGCGACCGUCUAGACAACCGGAUCACGGAGCUGUCGACGGAGCUGGCGGACGAGAGGAACGCGGGCGAGUCGGCCUCGCAGCUGCUGGAGACGGAGACCUCGGAGCGGCUGCGCCUGGAGAAGGACAUGAAGGACCUGCAGGCGAAGUUCGACGCCAUGAGGAAGCACGUGGGCUCCAUGGAGAUGGAGGUGAUGGAGGCGCGGCUCAUCCGGGCGUCCGAGCUCAACGGCGAGAUGGACGACGAAGACGACGACUCCGGAGGCGAGUGGAGGCUGAAGUACGAGCGGGCGAUCCGGGAGUCCGAGUUCGUGAAGAAGAGGCUCCAGCAGGAGUGUGACGACAAGGUGGAGGCGGAGCAACAGAGCAAACGGCAGCUGGAGAGACGGCUGACUGACCUGCAGGCUGACAGUGAGGAGGUGCAGCGCUCUGUGCAGCAGCUGAAGAAGAAGUGCCAGAGGCUGACAGCCGAGCUGCAGGACACCAAGCUGCACCUGGAGAGCCAGCAGACCCGCAACCACGACCUGGAGAAGAAGCAGAGGAAGUUCGACUCGGAGCUGGCGCAGGCCCAGGACGAGGCGCAGAGGGAGAGGACCCUGCGGGAGAAGCUGUGCCGGGAGAAGGACAUGAUGACCGGGGAGCUGUUCAGCCUGCGGCAGCAGCUGGAGGGUAAGGACACGGAGAUGUGCACGGUCAGCCUGAAGGUGGAGCAGCUGGAGGCGGAGCUCCAGGACCUCUCCUCCCAGGAGUCCAAGGACGAGGCCUCGCUGGCCAAGGUCAAGAAGCAGCUGCGUGACCUUGAGGCCAAGGUCAAGGACCAGGAGGAGGAGCUGGACGAGCAGGCCGGGACCAUCCAGAUGCUGGAGCAGGCCAAGCUGCGGCUGGAGAUGGAGAUGGAGAGGCUGAAGCAGACCCACUCUAAGGAGAUGGAGAGCAAGGACGAGGAGGUGGAGGAGAUCCGGCAGUCCUGCAGCAAGAAGUUGAAGCAGAUGGAGGUGCAGCUGGAGGAGGAGUACGAUGACAAGCAGAAGGUGCUUCGCGAGAGGAGGGACCUGGAGUCCAAGCUGCUGUCUGCCCAGGACCAGGUGGGCCAGCGCGACGUGGAGACGGAGAAGCGCCUGAAGAAGGACCUGAAGCGCACCAAGGUCCUGCUGGGCGACGCCCAGAUCAUGCUGGACCACCUGAAGAACAACGCCCCAAGCAAGCGGGAGAUCGCCCAGCUCAAGAACCAGCUGGAGGAGUCUGAGUUCACCUGCGCGGCAGCCGUCAAGUCCCGCAAGUCCAUGGAGGUGGAGAUCGAGGACCUGCACCUCCAGAUGGACGACAUUUCCAAAGCCAAGAUGUCGCUGGAAGAGCAGGUGAGCCGGCUGCAGAGGGAGAAGAACGACCUGCAGUCACGCCUGGAGGAGGACCAGGAGGACAUGAACGAGCUGAUGAAGAAGCACAAGGCCGCCAUCUCCCAGUCUACUCGGGACCUGGCUCAGAUCAGCGACCUGCAGGCUCAGCUGGAGGAGGCCAUGAAGGAGAAGCAGGAGAUCCAGGAGAAGCUCCAGUCCCUGCAGAGCCAGCUGGACUUCCAGGAGCAGUCCAUGGUGGAGAAGUCCCUGGUCAGCCGGCAGGAAGCCAAGAUCCGCGAGCUGGACACCAAGCUGGAGUUUGAGAGGACCCAGGUCAAACGCCUGGAGAGCCUGGUGGCGCGGUUGAAGGAGAACCUGGAGAAGAUGACGGAGGAGCGGGACCAGCGCAGCAGCGGGGAGAACCGGGAGAAGGAGCAGAACAAGCGCAUGCAGAGGCAGCUCCGCGACAUCAAGGAGGAGACGGGCGAGCUGGCGAAGAAGGAGGCCGAGGCCAGCCGCAAGAAGCACGAGCUGGAAAUGGACAUCGAGAGCCUGGAGGCGGCCAAUCAGAGCCUGCAGGCCGAUCUCAAGCUGGCCUUCAAGAGGAUCGGCGACCUGCAGGCGGCCAUCGAGGACGAGAUGGAGAGCGACGACAACGACGACCUCAUCAACAGUCUGCAAGACAUGGUGACAAAGUAUCAGAAAAGGAGGAAUAAGACCGGGGACGACUCCGAGACGGACUCCGAGGUGGAGGGCCGCGUGGACGGGGUCAAGUCGUGGCUCUCCCGAAACAAGGGCUCCUCCUCGAAGAACCUGUCGGACGACGGCAGCCUGAAGAGCACCAGGUACGCGGCGAACGCGGACGUCAAAGAAGCAAAGGAGGGGAAGGAGGGCAAGGAAUGGAAAGAGAGCGGCAAAGAGGGCAAGGAGGGGGAGCAGAGCAGGUCGGCGUCGGUCAUGAGCUCGCUCAGCUACAGGAAGCGCUCGAACCUGAAGGACUCCAUCGGGGGCGCCGGGGACGAGAGCUCGCUCUUCAGCGCGCUGAAGGAGCAGUCCGACCCGCACGACCGCGCCGCCUUCCGCAAGGCCAAGUCGCGCUCGGCGGACGGCCAGGACGACGCGCUCUCUGCCGGCCCCCGGAAGAAGGCCCAGGCGGGCGACGACCUGGACGACCGCGGCUCGGUCAUCUCGCAGGCCUACUCCGAGGCGGCCAGCCGCGCGCGGAAGGGGCUGGACCGCCGCUGGUCCUCCAUGAACCCCGACUUCGACAGGGAGUCGGCCGUGUCCUCGCUGGCCCCCAGCAGGGCGUCCGCCCGGCGCGCGCUGGACCCGGACGAGGACGCGGCGUCCGUCCUGAGCGGGCUGGGCCCGGCGAGCCCGCGGGGCCUGCGCCGCAGCGCCUCCUGGCUGGACGACGGGCGCGCCGGCUCGUACGGGCCGCCCCUCAGCCCGGGCCUGGGCCGGCGCUCGGGAGGCCGCAGCCCCGGCAGCGUCAGCAUGGCGUCCCUGGCGCGCAGCAGCCGGCUCAGCGAGUUCGGCCUGGACGUGGACGACGACGGCGGCGCCAGCGUGGCGUGCAGCGAGGGCCGCGUCUCCGCCUACAGCCCCCGCUCGGCCGGCCGCAGCUUCUCCGUGCCCCCGCAGCCCCGCCCCGCCGACGGCAGCCCCCCCGACGCCUCCGACGUCAAGCCCGUCAGCCACCGCAACUACCUGGACCCGGACCUGGAGGCGGCCAUCAACGAGGUGCUCAGCUUCAAGCCAAUCAAGUUCAAGAGGCGGAGCCUGGAGGACUCGGACGCGGCGGACGAGGAGGCCAAAGCGGAGGGCGCCGGCGGGAAGCGCGACGACGACGAGGAGGAGGACGAGGACGACAGGAGGAGCGUCCGCAGCGUGAAGAGCGCGCAGGGCGACCUCGGGGAGGCGGGGUUCCGUAGCUCCUCCUCCGCGAGCCGGCGCUCGGCCUCGGCGCUGGACCUCACCCGGCCCGCCAGCAGGAGCAGCAGCGUGCGCAGCGGGCGGGGCCACAAGGGCAAGAAGAGCCGGCGCUCAGAGUCGGAGAGCUCCUCCUCGGACGAGCGACGGAGGAGGAGCAGCAGCUCCAAGAAGAAGGGCAAGAAGAAGUCCAGGAGGAGCUCCAAGAGGAGGGACACGGAGUCCGACUCGUCCUCGUCUUCCUCCUCCUCCUCCUCCUCCGAGUCGUCCUCGUCCUCGGGGGCUUCCACCAUCUCCUACCGCAGCUCCGGCAGCGUCAAGAAGGGGCCGGCCCAGCGGGGCGAGGAGGACGCGGAGGGGGAGCCCGGGGCCCCGGCCGAGGAGCGGCCCCUCAGCAAGAGGGACGAGAAGAAGAAGAAGAAGAAGGUGGACAACCUGAUGAUGAAGUACCUGUACCGGCCCGACAGCGAUUAGGGCUCGGCCCCCGCCCACCUACAGGAGGCACUUCAGCCUGCCCAGAUCCGAUGAGGAGGAAGAGGAGGAGGAGGAUAAAGAGGGGGCCGCGGCCCUGGGGGCCUACCGUUCACACUCGCGCCGCAGCCACGUGGACGA